UUCGGCUCGGACGUGUGACUGUACUUUUAUGAAGUGCUACUAAUAUUUUUAGGACACCAUUAAUAGUGAUUAUAAUGACAGUUAUAGUUUAAAAUCGUGAUAUUAAACUGGACGUGUGUAUAAACUUUUGUGUGCUCUACAUAGAGUUUUGGUGAGGAUGGGUGCACCUGCCUGGGGCCGCGCCGGGGCCGACCGACCGCGGCUGCUGCGCAUGACCCCGCUACGGCACAGCUUCGCCGCCCCGCCCACGCCGCCGACGCACCAACCUCGAACCCACGACUACGCGUCCGAUGCAGACACCAAUAAAAAAGAGGACAGCUGGAAUGCCAAUCUAUCGCAAAGAUGGAGGAAGCUCCGACGGCGGUGCUCUCGGCUGCGGCCCGGCUCAGGGAACAGAGAGCCGAGCCCAGUACGCGGAUCCCCCUCACCGCAAAGACUUCCUGAACACUGCUCGCCAACACCGCCCUCCAAACUGUCCUUCAGACACCGAGGCAAAGUGUACACGACCGCGUCCCUGCGCGUCACGAGCGGGGCGCCCGACAUACUCCGAGCGCUCGGAAAACUAGGCGGCGGCCUGAGAAGACGAGCUCUAUCGGCCCACGACGUCCUAACACCGCCUCAGCAGCCCGCCACGUUCUACGUUCCUAGUCCCAGUGCAAAGAGACACCCGCCCUCGCCUUCUCCGCCCAGACAGAGUGCCACAGUAAGAAGACGCUGCAGCUCCCCAAACGUCUACCGAGCGAAGGACCAAAAUUCCAAAGAACGCACGCCGCUAAUAACCCCCGAAGAUGAGGGGAGGGACGUCGUGGAUUACAACUACAAACGUGAACCCAGACUACCGGUGCGAGAUGUUAGAAGUAGGCCCUACAGUGAGAAUAUAGACAUCGAGCCGAUAUACAGAAACGGCUACGGAAAAGUUACAAUUGAUGCUGACAGGGUUUGGGAGGAACCGUACAGAUUACCGCGAGCGCAGGUCAGGCAGGAGCCCCUGAAACAGUUGCGGAACGGAGUGGCGGAGCUCCGGGUGAGUGCGACGCCGAGAUCCGCCCGCCCCCCACCAGCCCCCCCUAUAGUGAAGCCCAGCAAAAGACCACAGCCUCCUGAGCCACGAGACACUCACACUUUUGAGGUGAGAUUCACCAAGUCAGCGGGCGGCAAAGGUCUCGGCUUCAGUAUCGUGGGCGGGAAGGACUCGCCGCGAGGAGACAUGGGCAUCUUCGUCAAGACCAUAUUCAAUAAUGGACAAGCCGCGGAAUCUGGACUGUUACGAGAAGGUGAUGAAAUAAUGUCCGUAAACGGGCGUGGUACCGCCGGGCUGACACACGGCGAAGCCAUCAGGCUGUUCAAGGACGUCCGCGCCGGCCCCGUCCUGCUGAGGGUCGCCAGGCGAGCCCCAGCCCGUUGACUGCCCUGCGCCUGCUGCGGGGACAACCCGCUUCAGGCGCCAAACUACAGCACAAUUUAAUAUUCACGAAAGGUUGACAACCCCUGACAUUGCCCUGUGUCUGUUACGUGGACAACCCACUCCAAAGUCCAGGCGUCAUUACACCAUAUUUUAGAUUUCAACUCCAAAGGUUGAAAACCCCUGACACUACCCUGCGCCUGCACUGCGAGGACAGCUCGCUCCAGGCACCAAAUUACAACACAUUCUAAAGUUCGCGAAACGUUGGAAACCCGUGACAUUAUCGUUGAAUGUUAGAUGACAUUUAGUUAGCAACACCUGCAUUCAACCGUUAAACACAAUUAUAGAGAAGUAAAACAGUACGAGUACAAUAAAUUUUUACUCAAUAUAUUAUAACACGUAUUGACUGUUCGAUCAUACGCACACAUAAACGUGGUUUUAGACAACUUAAUAAUAUGCAAAAAAAGCUAUAAUAUUAUGAUAGAGUAAACUUGUGUUGUGUCAGUGUUGAGAAAGUUUGAUUUCAAGAACAUGCGAAGUUAUUCUACUCUGUCUCUACAUAGGAUGGUAAUGUGUGCCUAGAUCUAGUAUAAAAUGAUUAAAGUUUAUAUUUAAUCUUAUGUUAUGCGAUCAUUAUAACCCUUUGUAGAAAAACUUCCGUGUUCCUUGGCCUAAUAUUUGUUUCAGGGGUAAAUUACUCGGGGAUACCUUAUCUGUUUUUUUCUCAUAAAUAAAAAAAAUGAAUCAUAGCAACUAGUAUAGCGAGUAAAAUAACUAAACUGUACCUAUGCUGAUUUUAGUGGAUUUGUCAAAUUUCGCAAUAUUAUAAAAUACGGUUUAGUGUAUUCUGUGAUAUUAUAAUUCAAAUUGUAGUGUAGUGCCUAAUAUAGCUAUUUAUAUUAUAUCACUUCUCGUCUUAUGUUAUUUUUUGUUAAUGAUAAACAUAAGCUGAAUUAAAACAUUAAUAUAAAUAUUAUAGCUAAAGAAUAUAGAGAAUAGGGCUUGAAUAGUAUAUACAAAUCUCAUGCAAUGCCUGAUACUAAUGAAAUAUUAAUCUAGAUUUUAAUAAAAAAAGUGUGAUUUACAUUUACAGAGCAGCUAGCACUAGCGUUACUGGAAUCCGGUGCAGGACUAACACUGUAUCAAUGUAGAGGCUGACUUGCCUUGAUAGAGUGGCUGACUAAAGAAUCACAGGAUCCAUCGCGGGAUUAACAGUGUAAUUUUUUUUUAUGAAAUAAGGGGGCAAACGGGCAAACGAGUC